AUGUCUGGAAGUCGUCCACAAAGCCCUCACAGGCCCUCGGCCUUCAACAGCCAGUACAGGAGCUUCGGCAUCGAGCACGAAGGUCUCGGCAGCGAGCAAGAAGGUCUCGGCAGCAAGCACAAAGGCAUCGACAGUGAGCAAGAAAGCAUCAACGGCGAGCACGAAGGCAUCAACGGCGAAUGCGAAGGUGUCGACAGCGAGCACGAAGGCGUCGACAGCGAGCACGAAGGCGUCGACAGCGAGCACGAAGGCGUCGACAGCGAGCACGAAGCCCUCAGUGAGGCAGCGCUCUGUCGAGAUUGA